GGGGAGGGUUGAGGACCCGCCGCUGCUCAGCUUUCAGCACCUCCUGGGCGGACGACGCCCUGGUGUGGUGGUGUUCCUGAACCCCUGUCUCUGCGCUUUCCUGCAGCUAGCUCCUCGCAUCUCAUCCACCCGGAGUCCCCGAAUCUACCUUCCCUUUCAGCACCAGGAGAAGGGACAGAGCCUUAGCGCUGGGGAUCUCCAGAGCCCCUGUCUCCCAGCUCUCCAUUCGGCAGCAACAGGGAGGACAAUCUCUGUCUUCACUCCAAGCUCGUGUCUUGACCCUUUUUCACUCGGCACUAGAGGGGAGCACAGCAAACCAUUUUCUGCUCUCGGGGUAUCCCCAGCCCCUGUUUCCAACCCCCACCCCCAAGUUCGUCUUUCCGUGCUGUCCUUCAGCACCAUCUGGGCAAGGACAGCUCCUUGGUGUCAGCCCCACCUUGAGUCCCUGUUUCUACCUUCUCCCGCCUCAGCACCUCCGGCGCGGACAGCUGCUCGCUGUCGCCUCCACCCCCGGUCCUGGCCCGACCCGGGCGGGCGCAGAUACUCCUCGUUCUCGGGGCUCCCGUGCCCUGCUCUCUCUGCUCCCUGCUCUCCCUGCCGCCUUCUUCUGGCGCAUGGAGACCCCAGGGGUCCAAGAAGGGGAGGAGGCAUCCAGCGAGCUGAGUCGCGUUCGCAGCCGCCAAGGCAUAGCCAGACCCCCGAAGCACUUGUGGCGUCAGCCCCGGCGCCCCAUCCGCAUCCAGCAGCGCUUCUACUCGGACCCGGACAAGUCCGCGGGCCGCAGUGAGCGGGACCGGAGCCCGCGGCCCGGGCUCGAGAAGUCGCUGCGCUCCUGGCCCACCUCCUUCUACAGGCGCUUUGAUCUGGAAAAUGGACUGUCAUGCGGGAGAAGCACCCUGGACCCUCAGGCCGGGCCUGGCCUUGGCCGGGUCAUCCAGGCGCCUGCUCAGCACGGCCAGAGGCGAGAGUCCUUCCUGUACCGCUCCGACAGCGACUACGACCUCUCACCCAAGGCCAUGUCUCGGAACUCCUCUGUGGCCAGUGAUCUACACGGAGAAGACAUGAUCGUGACGCCUUUUGCCCAGGUCCUAGCAAGUCUGAGAACGGUUCGGAGCAACGUCGCAGCCCUAGCCCACCUGCAAGGCCGCGGGGCAGCCACGCAGGCAUCGGUCGAAAACCCCCUAUUUGGCAGUCAGCCCCCUCCACUUACAGAGGACACUGGGCAGAAGCUGGCUCUGGAGACACUGGACGAGCUGGACUGGUGUCUGGAUCAGCUGGAGACACUACAGACGCGGCACUCAGUGGGGGAGAUGGCCUCCAACAAGUUCAAGCGGAUGCUGAACCGGGAAUUAACUCACCUGUCUGAAACCAGCCGCUCUGGGAACCAGGUGUCCGAGUACAUCUCCCGAACCUUCCUGGACCAGCAGACUGAGAUGGAGUUGCCCAGGGUGACCCCCACGGAGACCCCAAGGCCCAUGUCCCAGAUCAGCGGCCUGCGUGGGCUCCCCCACAGUGCCGGCCUCUCUGCAGCCACCGUCCCACGCUUUGGGGUCCAGACUGACCAGGAGGGGCAGCUGGCCAAGGAACUGGAAGAUACCAACAAAUGGGGGCUCGACGUGUUCAAGGUGGCAGAGCUAAGUGGGAACCGGCCCCUUACAACCAUCAUGUUCAACAUCUUUCAGGAACGAGACCUGCUCAAGACAUUUCAGAUCCCAGCAGACACACUCGUCACCUACCUUCUGACGUUGGAGAGUCACUACCAUGCCGAUGUGGCCUACCACAACAGCCUACACGCCGCCGAUGUGGCUCAGUCCACGCACGUGCUGCUGGCCACACCUGCCCUUGAGGCCGUUUUCACAGACCUGGAAAUCCUGGCUGCUAUCUUCGCAAGCGCCAUCCACGACGUGGACCACCCUGGGGUCUCCAACCAGUUUCUCGUUAACACCAACUCAGAGCUUGCGCUCAUGUACAACGAUGCCUCCGUGCUGGAGAACCACCACCUGGCCGUGGGCUUCAAGCUGCUGCAGGCAGAGAACUGUGACAUCUUCCAGAACCUCAGUGCCAAGCAGCGGCUGAGUCUGCGCAGGAUGGUCAUCGACAUGGUGCUGGCCACGGACAUGUCCAAACACAUGAACCUCCUGGCCGACCUCAAGACCAUGGUGGAGACCAAGAAGGUGACAAGCCUUGGAGUCCUGCUGUUGGACAACUAUUCUGACCGCAUCCAGGUCUUGCAGAACCUGGUUCACUGUGCUGACCUCAGCAACCCCACCAAGCCGCUGGAGCUGUACCGCCGGUGGACCGACCGCAUCAUGGCCGAGUUCUUCCAGCAGGGCGACCGGGAGCGUGAAUCAGGCCUGGAUAUCAGCCCCAUGUGUGACAAGCACACCGCCUCGGUGGAGAAGUCCCAGGUGGGUUUCAUUGAUUACAUUGCACACCCACUGUGGGAGACGUGGGCUGAUCUCGUGCACCCAGACGCACAGGACCUGUUGGAUACACUGGAGGACAACCGCGAGUGGUACCAGAGCAACCUCACCCGCAGUCCUGUGGAUCUCACCCGCCCCGAGCAGGGUGGCCCCGACAGGUUCCAGUUUGAGCUGACUCUGGAGGAGGCAGAAGAAGAGGAGGAGGAGGAGGAGGAAGAGGGACCAACAUUGGACACGGAGGUCUCGGAGUCACCUGACACUGAGCUGCUGGUCCCUGAGGCCGGCCCAGACCCUGGGGCCCUACCCCUGGACAGCCAGAGGCCUGUGGGCAAGCCCUGCGUGGACCAUGAGGCCAGUGUGAUGGCUGAGCCCUUCGGGACCUAAUGGCUCCUGAUUGGGUGGGUGGGCCUUCCAGGAAGAGGUCCGAGGUGGCCCCUGCCUUGCCUCUGUCCGCCGUCCCCACCACCCCUACCACUGAGGGAGAAGACCAAGCUUUCAGUUCUAGGCAGGCCUCACGGUCAAAGCGAAGGCAGCUGGCUGGGGGCCAGUCUGAACCUGGAUUUGCUGAGAGAGCUCUCCAAGGGGCUGGGCUGGAGGCAGCUUCUCCCAGCACCCUUGGGAUCUCUCCCUCCUGGGCUUCCACCCCCGGUGUAGAAAGAGGGUGUCUUGCCAGGCCCCUUGUCCACCUUCUCCAGGGGCCACUCUUGAGGGACAUCCAUCACUUGGUUCGUUCACCCUUUAUCACAUGUUUAUCGGGCACCUGCUGUGUGCCGGGCCCGGGCCCGCUGCGUGCUUCUAGGGUAGCCGUGCACGAGGGGGUGGGGAGGCAGCCCCCAGGCGAUGCACCCCCACCUCAGGCGCCUCGCCUUCAUCUGCCAGGCAGCUCCACGCAAGAGACUGGAAACUCGAACGGGAGAAUUUUCAGCACCAAAGCUUUGUCCCAGACCCGAUUCUGGCUCAGGAGCUCCGGUCGGGACCAAUACGGAGCAGGAAAGAGGGCUCUGUGCCGGGAACUGUCUCUGAAGACUGACUUAGCUUAUGACCGCCUGUGCACUCGCUGGUUGUUGCUUUAAGUGGCUGUAGUUUCUGUCCUCGGGUCUGUGGGUUCUGUCCUCCCUAGCCCCAGGACCCCUGCCGCCCGCCUUUUCUCCCUCUUACAGAACAGCAACAAAGCACAGAAUCCGCCCCCUCCCCCAUCGGCAAAUCUCUACACCUCCUGUUUCUGAGGAUCCCCCAGACUCCCUGUAGGGGGAAGGGGGACUCUGACGCUUUCUUUCCAGGCACAGCCCCUUCUGGGCCUCAGUUUCCCCUCCAUGGCCUGAUACUAGUACUUGGGUAAACUUUGGUUGGAGGGUGGUGUCCGUGACCUCUCCGAAAUAUCUUAGAAACGUGGGGCACUGAACGUGUCUCUGGGGUUAAAUAAACCUAUCACCCCAAAUUAAUGCCGCGCCCAUCUCAGGGAUGGGGAGACGGGGUUGCAAAGAGGGGGGCCGUUUGGCCUGCUGGGCCGCGCAGUUGGGAGCUGGACAGUAGCCAGCGGCGCCCCCUGGCGGACGGAGGCACGGAAGGGAGGCCGGGCGAAUUCGGGGAUUCUCCUCGCCUUACCCGCCGUUUCUCGGCUCCCCGCGACGUCGAGCUCAUGCUGAAGGGGCCUGCUCUGUGCUCCAGGAUCAGGUUCGAUUCCCGCCUCCAGAAGCCUCAGUAUCUCCCCGCCCCGCCCCUCGUCGCCUGCCUGAAGAAUCAUACAUGACACAAGUCAUCAAGCAGCCCCUGGCUUCAAGGACAGCUGGCUUCAUUCCUAAAUAAUUCCCUUGAUGAUUCCAUCCCACUGAUAUGAUUCAUCCGCAUCACAAGUAAUGAUCAAAUUCCACAGAGGGAGAAUUAAAAUUCAUCUGGGUCACGAA